AUGACUCCGACUGAUACUAAUCCCCCUAUUCGGUGUUUGCUGUCAGCUCCAUCCAUUUCGAAUCCUCCACCCAGAAAAGGGGUGCCUUGGUUCCCUGCAGUCAACCGGGGGGAAGUUAGUGCUUGCCACAAGAACAACAUGAUGUGCUUCAAAUGGUCUGCCAAACGAAUGGUCCAUAUGUUAACAUCAAUCCACGAGAACAAUAUUAUUCAAACUGAAAAAAGAGAUUACAUUACAGGAGAGCCAAUAAGGAAGCCAGAAGCUGUGGUUGACUAUACCCAAAAAAUGCGUAUCAUUGACAAAGCUGAUAUGCUUUUGAGUUGUGUAGAAAGCCUCAGAAAAUCAAUCAAAUGGUAUAAAAAAAACUUUUUUUUUCGUAUUGUGGACAUGGCAAGACUAAACCCAUAUUACAUGUACUUGGUCAAAACAGGUAUUAUGCCCUCCUUUCUUGAAUUUAGCCACACCAUGAUCCAUCAGAUGCUUGCCAGAUAUCGAGAGCAGCAAGUGCCAAGACCUCAUUCAUUUCGUACAGGAACCAAACCAUUGCGCCUUACUGAACGCCACUUCCCAAGUUUUGUUGAGGCAACUCCCACAAACCCGAGACCACGGAGGAGAUGUCACGUGUGUGCAAACGCACAACUGCGACAGAGGAAGCGUCAGAUGACCCACUGGCAAUGCGCUGACUGUGGGAUUGCACUUUGUCUGCCUGAGUGUUUCCGCGUAUACCAUACACGUGUGAAGUACUGA